AGGACACGUGACGCGCAGUGGCGCGAAACCCGGCAUUUUCGGCGAGUGUGUACGGUGGUGGUGAGGGUGCUGGCCGAUGGAUCUGGGGGAGGCUGCGGUCGCCGCUGCCGGGCAGCAGGUCAAGGACGAGCUAGCGGACAAAUGCCAGAAGCUCUUCCAGGACUUCCUAGAGGAAUUCCAAAACAGUGAUGGGGAAGUUAAAUAUUUGCAUGAUGCUGAGGAGUUAAUCCGUCCUGAAAGGAACACACUUGUUGUAAGCUUUGUGGAUCUAGAGCAAUAUAACCAGCAACUAGCUACGACCAUUCAGGAGGAAUUUUAUAGAGUCUACCCACAUCUAUGCCGUGCUGUUCGGAAUUUUGCUAGAGACCAUGGAAAUAUUCCACAAAACAAGGAGUUUUAUGUAGCAAUUCAGGAUUUGCCAGCCAGACAUAAAAUACGGGAAUUAACAUCAGCUAGGAUUGGAACUCUGCUACGCAUUAGCGGACAGGUUGUUCGGACCCAUCCUGUUCACCCAGAGCUAGUCAGUGGGACAUUUAUGUGCCUCGAUUGUCAAACGGUGGUUAAGGAUGUCGAGCAGCAGUUCAAGUAUACACAGCCUAAUAUCUGCAGAAAUCCAGUAUGUGCCAACAGGAGGAGAUUUAUGUUGGAUACUAAUAAAUCACGAUUUGUUGACUUUCAGAAGGUUCGUAUCCAAGAAACCCAGGCUGAGCUACCCCGCGGUAGUAUUCCCCGUAGUGUGGAAGUUAUCCUGCGUGCAGAAGCUGUGGAAUCUGCGCAGGCUGGUGACAGAUGUGACUUCACAGGGAUGCUUAUUGUGGUUCCUGAUGUAUCUCAGCUGGCUACACCAGGUAUCCGUGCUGAAACUGGCUCUCGGGUCAAGGGAGCUGAUGGGUACGAAACAGAAGGAGUUAGAGGUCUUCGUGCUUUAGGUGUCCGUGACCUGUCCUACAAACUGGCUUUUCUGGCAUGUCAUGUGGCACAAACAAAUCCACGAUUUGGUGGCAAAGAAAUGAGGGAAGAAGAGCAGACUGCAGAAAGUAUUAAAAAUCAGAUGACUGUUCAGGAAUGGGAGAAGGUGUUUGAAAUGAGUCAGGAUAAGAACCUGUAUCACAAUCUCUGUACAAGCCUCUUCCCCACUAUUCAUGGUAAUGAUGAAGUAAAACGUGGAGUUCUGCUUAUGCUUUUUGGUGGAGUUCCAAAGACGACUAUGGAGGGUACUUCUUUGCGUGGUGAUAUUAAUGUCUGUAUUGUUGGUGAUCCAAGCACAGCCAAGAGCCAAUUCCUUAAGCACGUGGAAGAAUUCAGUCCUCGGGCUGUGUACACAAGUGGCAAGGCUAGUACUGCUGCAGGUCUGACAGCUGCGGUUGUUAGAGAUGAAGAAUCACAUGAAUUUGUCAUUGAAGCUGGAGCAUUGAUGCUUGCUGAUAAUGGUGUUUGCUGCAUUGAUGAAUUUGAUAAAAUGGAUACAAGAGAUCAAGUGGCCAUCCAUGAAGCCAUGGAGCAGCAGACUAUUUCUAUCACAAAGGCUGGAGUCAAAGCAACCUUGAAUGCCCGGACGUCUAUUUUGGCUGCUGCAAACCCAGUUGGUGGACGAUAUGAUCGUUCAAAAUCUCUCAAACAAAAUGUAAACCUCACAGCCCCAAUCAUGUCUCGAUUUGAUUUGUUCUUCAUUCUAGUUGAUGAGUGUAAUGAGGUAACAGAUUACGCAAUUGCCAGGCGCAUAGUGGAUCUUCAUUCUCGAAUACAAGAAUCCAUUGAGCGAAUCUACUCUUUGGAUGAUAUCAGGAGAUACCUGCUUUUUGCGAGACAGUUCAAGCCUAAGAUCUCAAAGGAAUCGGAAGACUUCAUUGUGGAACAGUACAGGCGACUCCGUCAAAGGGAUGGAUCUGGAAUAACUAAAUCAGCAUGGAGAAUCACAGUACGUCAGCUGGAGAGCAUGAUUCGACUUUCUGAAUCCAUGGCUAGAAUGCAUUGCUGUGAUGAGGUUCAACCCAAGCAUGUCAAAGAAGCUUUCCGGCUUCUGAACAAAUCAAUUAUUAGAGUGGAAACUCCAGAUGUAAAUUUUGACCAUGAUGAUGAGGGAGUGGAAGAGAUGGAACAGGAAAUCCAUGAAGGGAUUAAUGGACAUGCCAAUGUUCCAAAUGGGAUAAAUGGUAUUGAUGGCCAUUCCGAAGACAGUACCAAGGAGGAUGUGCCAAAAUCCACAAUGAGACUGUCUUUUGUAGAGUAUCGCAAGAUUUCGAAUCUUCUGGUCAUUCAUCUCCGCAAAUUAGAAGAAGAGGAUGAAGAUGCUUCCCCGAAGAAGAGUGAACUUGUUAACUGGUACUUAAAGGAAGUUGAAUUAGAAAUUGAAUCAGAAGAAGAACUAAUUAACAAAAAGAAGUUAAUUGAGAAAGUUAUUUACAGACUUAUUCACUAUGACCAUAUCUUGAUUGAACUGAAAGAAACUAGUCUGAAAAGUCGAAAAGGAGAAGGUGAAGAAGUUUUGGAACAGGAUCCCUACCUUGUGGUUAAUCCUAAUUAUACUUUGGAAGAUUAAGUACCUUAUGUUUUAUUGGAGCAACCUAGAAUGUCCUGAUACCUAUUUCUUUAAAAUUAACAGAUAAAAAAUGUUUUGGAAAGGAGUUAAUUCCAUUCCAGUAUAAUCAAGAAUUGAAACAAAUGGUGCCUGUUACAUUUUAAGAUGUUUGAGCUAUUUUUAAAUGCGGCAUACCAUUGAGCUUCAAAGUAAAAGCUCAAAGCAAACUGCAAAACAUUUGUAUUCACAAUUACUGUAGAAUGUUUGCUGAUUUAUGCAAAUAGUUUAUAUAUUUGUAGAAUGGCUUGCAUUGACAAUAAAAUCUAUAACUGAGAGGAGAUGUAAUUCCCAAGUAAGGUAAAAUUGUACGCACUUCUCGAUAGAUCUUGGAGUGACCAUGAUAUUAAUAAAGCAAAACAUUAAUUCAAAGCUAGCUGUGGAGUUCUGGAAAUUGUAAAUAUUGCGGAAAACAACCCUUGUGUUGAAAUUGAGUGCUUAAAUAAAAGAAAACAA